GCAGGCGGGGUCCCCUCCCCCGCCCCUCUCCCCGCGAGCCGGCCCGGACGGCCCCCGCCCCUCCCGCCCGCCGCCGCGAUGCCCCCCCCUGCGCCCGGGGCCCGGCUCCGGCUCCUCGCGGCCGCCGCCCUGGCCGGCCUGGCCGUCAUCAGCCGAGGGCUGCUGUCACAGAGCCUGGAGUUCAGCUCCCCUGCCGACAACUACACGGUGUGCGAAGGCGACAAUGCAACUCUCAGCUGCUUCAUUGAUGAGCACGUGACACGCGUGGCCUGGCUGAACCGCUCCAACAUCCUGUACGCGGGCAACGACCGCUGGACCAGCGACCCGCGCGUGCGCCUGCUCAUCAACACUCCCGAGGAGUUCUCCAUCCUCAUCACGCAGGUGGGGCUGGGCGACGAGGGCCUGUACACCUGCUCCUUCCAGACCCGCCACCAGCCCUUCACCACUCAGGUCUACCUCAUCGUCCAUGUUCCCGCCCGCAUUGUGAACAUUUCCUCGCCUGUGACGGUGAAUGAGGGGGGCAACGUGAACUUGCUUUGUCUGGCUGUGGGGCGGCCGGACCCCACUGUGGCCUGGAGGCAGCUCCGAGAUGGCUUCACCUCGGAGGGCGAGAUCCUGGAGAUUUCUGACAUCCAGCGGGGCCAGGCCGGGGAAUAUGAGUGUGUGACUCACAAUGGGGUGAAUUCGGCGCCUGACAGCCGCCGCGUGCUGGUCACCGUGAACUAUCCUCCAACCAUCACGGAUGUGACCAGCGCCCGCACAGCCGUGGGCCGAGCCGCCCUCCUGCGCUGCGAGGCCAUGGCGGUGCCCCCCGCGGACUUCCAGUGGUACAAGGAUGACAGGCUGCUGAGCGGCGGCACGGCGGAAGGCCUGAAGGUGCAGACCGAGCGCACCCGCUCCAUGCUUCUCUUCGCCAACGUGAGCGCCCGGCACUACGGCAACUACACGUGUCGCGCCGCCAACCGGCUCGGAGCGUCCAGCGCCUCCAUGCGGCUUCUGCGCCCAGGAUCCCUGGAAAACUCAGCCCCGCGGCCCCCAGGGGCCCUGGCCCUCCUCUCCGCCCUGGGCUGGCUGUGGUGGAGGAUGUAGGAAGCGCCAGUGCAGCCGGCUCCCCCCUCCACGCAGGGCUGGGGGGCCUGAAGCUGAGAGCGAGAGAAUAAGGGGGAGCAAGUGCCGUGGGUCUCCAGGGAGCAGAAGAGCUCUCGGCCACGAGGAAGGAGAGAGGAGGAAGAGGAGGGAGCAAGAUCUUUAGAGAACCCAUCACUGUGAGGGAAAACGCAAACUUAUGCAUCUUUCUACAGCCAUUCCCGCCACCCUUCACGUUUCCCACUGUGACCCACCCCCGGCCACCCCACACCCCUCUCUUAGCUCAGGCUGUCAAUCGGAUGGCGUGUGUGAGUGCGAGUGUGAGCCUGCACGGGUGUCUGACCUGCUUGUACGCCUGUGUGGGUGGGAUGGGGAAGGGGGCUCAGUGGUUAUCCCGCCCGCACCCCCACAUCCACCACCCCCACCCUGUGCCUCUCUCCUCUGGCUGGGCGUAGGGAUGGGGGCUGUGGGUGGAAACUGUGAAGUGAGGGUUGUUCCAGGCUCCUGGCUUUUCUGAUAUAUGCAGCAACCUCCCUCCCCCCUCCCCCAUCCAAAGGGCAUCACCUGAGCAGCUGGGGUGGGGGGGUGCUCACCUUGGAGCUGCCAUUGAGCCUCUGGGAGCAGGUGGGGGGCAUCCAUCUGGCCUGCCUGCUCUCGCCCGCCAGCUGGGGCGAGCAACCCUCUGUAGCCAGAGGCCCCAUCCCUGGCCAGUGGCCUGAGUGCUUCCCUAUGUCCCCAUCCCCAAACUUUCUGGCCCCUCCCGGGCCAAUCGGUGCUUCCAUCCAACUGGCAGGGUUAUGACCAGAGUCACCUGUCUAGUGCUUUGCCCUGCCCCAACCCCACUCCCUCUGCCACCCGCGGCACCACCAGCUGCCCCAGGGUCCCGCAGCUGGCCCACCGCUGUGAGUGCGGCCCGCCUCUCCCCGGCCGCUCCACCAACGCCUAAGGCUACCCCCACCACCCUCACACAUUCAGACAGACACACACCAGCGACUGACCAGCAAUAGGCCCUGCGUCUCUCUGUCCUGCGGCAGGUGGCCAGCUGUGGGCCCCUGAGGUGGGAUGUGGCCAGGAAGGGGCUCUCUGGGACCCUAAGUGUAGGAACACCCCCUCCUGGCACCCCUCAGGACUCCACGUCCAGGAGGAAGCAGCCCUCUAUGGACAUCUCGAGCCCAUACCAGGUGCUUCUACUCCCGGGGGACCCCCUACAGACCACACCCCAAACCACCCAGAGCUUAGGGGGGAAGAAGGCAGGGCAGGGACCAAGGGGCAGUGACUGUACCUCAGACGGGGGCGUGGGCCCCAUCCCACAUUGUCUUCCAUUCCCAGG